GAGUGGGUUGCCAUUUCCUUGUCCAGAGGAUCUUCCUGACCCAGAGAUCAAACCCAGGUCUCCCGCACUGUAGGCAGACGCUUUACCGUCUGAGCCACCAGGGAAGUAGUUCUCGGAUGAGGCCUGUGGGUGGAAGCAGCAGGUACCUGGGCCCCAGCCAUGCCACCUUGUUACAAUGCCAGCAUGGUUAAGAUGGCAUACACCUUGCAGCCCUCCUCUGUGUUAAGUAGUGGCCUGCCCACAUACACACAAACUCAAGACACUUCUAAGAGCCUAUUGCCUGUUAAGUCCAAAGAAGUUGAUGCUUCCAGACCUCGUUCAAGAGGUUCGGAGCAUGAUGUUAGAAAAAUCAUCAGACCAAGACGCGAGGAUGGGCAGAUGAAAGCUACAGACACUGCCACCAGGAGGAACAUCAGCAAGAGCCACAAAUCACUCAGUAAACUGAAAUCAGAGGAAGAGCUCGAGAAUAAGAACCAGCUCUUAAAGGCCAUCAACAAACAGCUGCACCAGAAGUUGACUGAAACUCAGGGAGAACUGAAGGACCUGACCCAGAAGGUGGAGCUAAUGGAGAAGUUUUAGAACAACUGUUGAGCAGUUUUAGAGGGCAAGGGCCUCAACCCAGGCAGUGAGACCCUGGUAUCAGACAUACCUAGGCUCGCCACUACGGAUCACAUGGACUCUACAUUGCUGUUAGAAACUUUGCAAGAUAAGCUGAAGCUUUUUAACGAAACAGCCAGAAAACAGAUGGGAAGAGUUGCAGGUCUUAAAGGUAAGGCUGAAGAUGAAAGAAGACGCCCAGUUCAAAGAGCACCAGACCUUAUGUAACAGUCAAAUAAAUGAUUUUACAACAGCACUUGAGGAAAUGGAGCAGCUAUUAGAAAUAUGAUAAAAAGCAGGUGGCCACAUGGCUCUCUCUUGGAAUAAACUUUCAGAGUAAUUCCCUUAGAACAUCUGCUUCUUGGCCAUCAUCUUUUAGGACUCACCAUCCCCAGAAUGAAAGCAGUUUCUGCAGUAUGAUUAAGGACAGUAUAUGCUGGCAUGGCAGUUCCUCCUUCAAGCCAAUGUUCUUAGCCUUCAAACUGGCCAGCUCUCCUGAACCUCACAGUAUGUAUUUGAGGCCUAAGAAGAGAUGGGGCCAGGAAGCUUGGAUCAGUCUUCUAGACAGCAAAGUGGCAGAGCACUAGAAUCAGGAGAUGAAAUGGCCACAGCCGGAGAAAGGCCACAUUCAGAUGUGCAGGAGCAAACAGUGGAGGACAGGCCUCCACAGGGGACACCACUGAGGAACUGUGCAGCCCCUCCAAACUUGGAAUACAUUCUGUCUCAUCCUGGCUGCAUUCUACAGUCAAAGUUAAAGUCGCCCAGUCAUGUCUGUCUCUUGCGACCCCAUGGACUAUACAAUCCAUGGAAUUCUCCAGG